CGUCGUCCAUAAACAUUCCGAGCAAAAGAGAAACAGGAUAUAUACAGAGCCUUUUCUUCUCGACGCUGCUCCUUUUGAUCUCGAAAAUGGCUUCCUCAACCUGUGUCUAUGCCAUAGUUUUCACAUUCCUGGUUGUCGGUGCGAUGGCUGCGUCAGCUCCUGCCCCUACUCCUUCCCAGGCGCCUUCUCAUUCAACCCUGGUGCCUUCUCCUUCCCCCUCUCGCUUGCCAGCUCCAGCUCCAUCUCCUUCGAAGAGUACUCCGCCAGCAUCUUCACCUACCCCGGUUUCUCCUCCUCACCAUGCUCCGACUCCAUCGAAGACUCCGUCGCCAACACCAUCGCCAACUUCUCCUUCGCAGACAACCCCUCCUACUACUGAGGUUCCAGCUCCGCCGCCAUCUAACGCCAUUGCCAACCGAUUUACUGUUGCUAGAUCCGUUGCUUUCAUUGUGAUGGCUGCCAUUUUGGUGAUGUAGAUCAACCGUUUCUCAGAAUAAUUCUUCCUGUUGAUUAUACUUUCAUGUUUUUUUUUUCUAAAAUUUAGUGCUUUUGAUUGAUCACUUUAUUUGGAGCUUUAUUUGAGGGAUUUGUUUCUUUCCAUUAUGUCCUUGUUUGUAUCAGUAUGGUCAUGCCUACAUUCUCUCCACUCUUUAGUUUAUUGUUAUUGGAAUCCUUGCAACCAUACCAGCCCAAUUUUGUAAGGUU